AUGAUUAGCUCAAAAUCAAGACCAUACUCAAUAGCCAGGGUGUAUGCUGAUGUGAAUGAAAAUAAGCCUACUGAAUAUUGGGAUUAUGAGAAUCAUAAAAUACAAUGGGGGCUUAUAAAGAACUAUGAAAUUGUGAGCAAAAUAGGAAGAGGCAAAUAUUCCGAAGUUUUCCAAGGUGUUAAUGUUUUAAAUGAUGAACCAUGUGUCAUCAAAGUAUUAAAACCAGUUAAAUUGAAAAAAAUAUAUCGUGAAGUGAAAAUAUUACAAAAUUUAACUGGAGGACCAAAUAUUAUUGGAUUAUUGGACGUUGUUAGAGAUGAACAAUCUAAAAUUCCUGCAUUUAUAUUUGAAAGAGUUAAUAAUGUUGAUUUUAGAGUUUUAUAUCCUAAAUUCACUAUUAAGGAUAUCCAAUAUUAUUUUACACAACUUUUGAUUGCAUUAGAUUAUUCUCAUUCUAUGGGUAUCAUUCAUAGAGAUGUUAAACCACAGAAUAUUAUGAUUGAUCCCAUGAACAAAAAAUUGCGUUUGAUUGAUUGGGGGCUUGCUGAAUUUUAUCAUGCUGGAAUGGACUAUAACGUUAGGGUUGCUUCUAGAUAUCACAAGGGACCAGAGUUGUUGAUUAAUUUACAGCAAUAUGAUUAUUCACUUGAUUUGUGGUCGGUGGGAUGUAUGUUGGGUGCAAUAAUAUUCAAGAAGGAACCGUUAUUUAGAGGAGACUCAAACAAUGAUCAAUUAGUGCAAAUUGCAAAAGUUUUGGGAACAGAGAAUUUAAUGAAAUAUGUCAAUAAGUAUGGGAUAAAAUUGAGUUCAGAAUAUGAUGAUAUUUUGGGUAAUUAUCCAAGAAAACCAUGGAGAGCUUUCAUCAAUAAUGAUAACAGACAUUUAAUCAGUGAUGAAGUACUUGAUUUAAUAGACAGAUUGUUAACAUAUGAUCACCAAUUGAGACCAACAGCUAAAGAGGCCAUGGAACAUCCAUUUUUCAAGAUAUAG